UUAUUGUGAAGGUCUGUAGUACUGGAAGCUUUAAACCCUCUGCCGAAGUUACAGCGGAACCGGAAGUUCCUUUGUUAUCUCUCGGUCGUAAGCAAGAUCAGCGGAGUGUGUUUGUUGUUGGUAAAGAAGUGUGUGUGAGAGAGCUCUGACCGAUCCUCUGUGUGUUUUCACGCCGACGACACAGCUCCUGGAGUUAGCCUGGCGUGCUAGCUGUUAGCGGAAGUCUGUUAUCAGAGUGUGAAGAUGUGUAAAGUCCAAAUGCUGAGAGCGUUGGUGAAGCAGCGACUAACUGCGGCUGCUGAAGAGAUAUUUGGGCUGUUUGAAAGAACGAUAGCAGAGUACGAGGAGCAACUUUGUCGCUCAAAAGAGGAGAACGAGCGACAACGGAAACUACUGGACGCUGUUUACAACCCUCAGCUCAGGUUACACAGAGCAGACGUGCAGCAGCUGUUGGUGGUUAAAGAAGAGGUUCCCCCUGAGCAGCAGGAGUGGAGCUCCAGUGUGGACCAGGAGGACCCAGAGCCCCCACACAUUAAAGAGGAAGAGGAGGAACUGUGGAGCAGUCAGGAGGGAGAGCAGCUUCAAGGGCUGGAGGAGGCUGAUAUCACCAAGUUCACAUUCACUCCUGUCCCUGUGAAGAGUGAAGAUGAUGAAGAGAAACCUCAGUCCUCACAGCUUCAUCAGUCACAAGCUGAUGGACACCACUGUGGUGGAGUACGACCAGUGCCCGGAGACGCUGAUCCAGAUUUACAACAGGAUGCUGACCACAAGAAGCCUGACAGUUCUUUAGUUGCUGAGAUAGAAGUCAGUCUUGAUGACUGGGACGAGACCAGAGAACCUCAGUCAGGUUUAAAGACUCACAAUAAAAAUAAAGUCCCAGUCGGUCCUAUGACUUCUAUCUCUGGUGAAAACCCCUUUAGCUCCUCCGAGACUUCAGACUCUUCUGAACCUGAUGACAGUGACGAUGAUUGGAUGGAGACCAAAGAACCUCAGACAGUUUCAGGCUCUGUGAAAAAAGUCAGUAAGACCAGAUGUAGAGCUGGUGGGAGACCAUUUGGGUGCUCUGAGUGUGGGAAAAGAUUUAGAACCAAGACACAUCUGAAGAUCCACAUGGCAGUUCAUACAGGAGAGAAACCGUUCAGCUGCUCCAUUUGCGGCCAAAAAUUUUCAACCAAAACGAGUCAGAAGAGACACAUGAGAACUCACACGGGGGAAAAACCUUUCAGUUGCUCGGUGUGUACGAAAUCUUUUGCGCAGAGCGGAUGUUUAGCAAAACACAUGAGAAUCCACACAGGAGAGAAGCCGUUCAGCUGCUCUAUGUGCGGUAAGGCUUUUGUCGAACGGGGAAACCUGAAGGUCCACCUCAAAACCCACAUGGGAGAGAAAACAUUCAGCUGCUUGGUCUGUAAGAAAUCCUUCGCGCAGAAUGUGAGUUUGCAGAACCACUUGAGCGCUCACACGGGAGAGAAACUAUUCCGCUGCUUGGAUUGUGGGAAGCAAUUUUUGUGCAAGAUGCAUCUGAAGAAACAUGCAAUAAAUCACACAGGAGAGAAACCAUUCAGCUGCUCGGUGUGUGGGAAAGGUUUCACCCAAAGAGGGAAUCUGAAAAGACACACAAGGAUUCACACAGGACAGAAGUCGGUCAGCUGUUUGGUUUGCGGUAAAGGUUUUGUUGACAGCGGGAACCUGAGGAAACAUAUGAGAACUCACACAGGAGAGAAACCAUUCAGCUGCUCUGAGUGUGGUAAAAGUUUCAUACAGAAGAUUCAGCUGACGCUCCACAUGACUGUCCACACGGGGGAGAAACGAUUCAGCUGCAGUGUUUGUAACAAAAGAUUUGCCUGGCGUCCACGGGUCAAGAGACACAAAUGUGUCGGACGUCAGUCAUCAGAACUUUGUCAACCUGAGGAGAACAAAGAGGUGGAGUCAAAACAGAUAAAAAUAGAAGCUGAUGCAGAGGACUGUGGAGGACCCGAAUCAGCUAGGAAUUCGGAAUCAGAUCGGAGGGAGCAGCUUGAAGGGCUGGAGGAGGCUGACAUCAAGUUCCCAUUCGCUCUUGUCCCUGUGAAGAGUGAAGAUGAUGAAGAGAAACCUCAGUCCUCACAGCUUCAUCAAACACAAGCUGAUGGAGACCGCUGUGGUGGAGUACGACCAGUGCCCGGAGACUCUUCUGAAGCUGAGACUGACGACAGUAAUGAUUGGACAGACACCAGAGAACCUCCAUCAGGUUUAACCUCCCUGAAAAACGACAAAGUACCUGCCAAUAACUCAAGAUCUUCUGCUGGAGAGAAAGAAUUCAGCUGCUCUGAAUGUGGGAAAAAAUUUGCCGCAAAAGCUUCUCUGAACAGACACAUGAGAACUCACACAGGAGAGAAACCAUUCAGCUGCUUGGUGUGCAAGAAAUCUUUUGCGCUGAACGGGUGUUUACAGAAACACAUGAGAAUCCACACGGGAGAGAAACCCUUCAGUUGCUCAGUUUGCGGUAAAAGUUUUAUUGAUAACGGGAAUCUGAAAAAACAUUUGAGAACUCACACAGGAGAAAAAACUUUUAGCUGCUUGAUUUGUAAGAAGUCGUAUGCUCAGAAUGUGAGUUUACAGAAACACAUGAGCGUUCACACCGGAAAAAUUCUGUUCAGCUGCUCCGUUUGUGGGAAGCAUUUUUUGUGCAAGCCGCGUCUGAUGACGCACAUGAUGAAACACACAGGAGAGAAACCGUUCAGCUGCUCCGAGUGUGGCAAAGAUUUCAUUGACAGCGCAUAUCUUAAGAAACACAUGAGAACUCACACAGGAGAGAAGUUGUUUAACUGCUCAGAGUGCGGUAAAGGGUUCAUUGAAAGCGGCGGCCUGAAGAGACACAUGAGGACCCAUACUGGGGAGAAACCCUACAGUUGCUCAGUUUGUGGUAAAGGUUUUAUAGAGAAAGUGCAGUUGACGCGCCACAUGGCGGUCCACACCGGGGAGAAAAAAUUCAGCUGUGGGGUUUGUAACAAAAGAUUUGCCUGGCGGCCACGGGUCAAAAGACACAAAUGUGUUGGUGGUCAGUCGUUGGAACUUCAUCAAACUGAGGAGAACAGAGAGGCGGAGCCUCCAGCCAGCAGCUUAUCUGAACAGAUAAGAACAACAUCUUUGUAAAGAGUAUGAAGCAACUUUUUUCUGUGUACUUGUAACAUUUGAAAUUUAAAAUUGCAUACAUUAUUUGUACUUAUGACAGCAUUUGAACUCCAUUUUCCAGAGUCCUUCACUUUUCAAACCUCCGCCCAUGCAGCCAGUUGUCAUUCACCAAUGGUCACUGUUGCAAAGUUUUCAAGUUAACUGUCCAAGCAACAAGAUAAACAAAUGCAAGUUAGUGCCAAGCUGCUAAAUCUGUAAGGACAAAGAGACCAGAUCCAUCUGACCUGUAGUCUCACUCACCAGACCUUUCUCAAGAAAAGAAAGGUCUGGCUGCGCCGACUCUCACUUUAAGA